AUGCAGCUCGAAAGAAAGGCAGCCUUGAUGGCUGUAGGGGAAGCCUCCAUUUGGCAGGAGAAGCGCGGGCAGCUGGAGGCCCUAAAGAAGGGGCUGCUGCAGGCGGUGGCCACUGAAGAUCAGGACUUGGAUGCCCCACGAAUCUUUGCUCGGGCUCUAUUCAGGCAAUCAAAGUCUCUAAGUUGUGCAAUCAUGACCCGAUUCACUCACCCUCCUCGAUCAGUGGACUGCCUAGCCAAGUUCUCCAUCACAGCCUCCCACAUCCCCAGCUUGGGAAAGCAGGAAGGAGCAAUCUACCAUAUCAAAGAGGAGAUCUUCGCGCGCGCGGCGGCUCUCGAGGCUGAGGGCUGCCAGGACGCUGCAAAGGUGCCUGGCCGGUGGGCGUUGGUCUUCUCCGCCCAGACGGAACCCAGCGAAACCCAGGAGGAGACGCCCUUCUCCGCCAUCACGGCAGCUUUGUAUCGAGUGUUUUUUCGCUUCGCGCCCUUUCUGGCCGGAGCGCAGGGGAGCUCGAAGAUCGAGUUCGCUGGACCCAUCUUCCCUAGCUUGUCAGUGGGCAACGAGCAGCUCGUGGACUUCGAUGCCAAGCGUGUGGACAACCGUGUCGCAAUCCGCGUCGGAGGCUCCAGCGGCCCCAAGUUGGAUUUGCGCGUGAAGGGCGACCUGAAGGGGAGCGAUGCGUUAGAUCUUGGAGUGAUCUUUACCAGUUUCUCUGUUAGCCUGCCGAACUUGCCGGACAUCGAGCUCCCAUUGCCCAGGCCAGAAGGACGGCUUCGGACCACUUUCUGUGACGCGGGCCUGCGCAUCUCCAGGGGUGGACGUGGUGGCCUGUUCGUGCUGAAGCGCCUCCCCCCCCGAGUAUGA